CCAAGGAGAGCGCUAGUGUGUCGAUAUGCUAGCUCUGUGCUACGUUUUUCCCUUACUACCCCCGGAAAGACGCCUCUUGUCAUCCUCUUCGACCGGCGUCGCGACGACGGCGCGCCGAGAAAGCCGCCGCCGCCAGAACGGCCGCGACCGCGCGGCGCCGAGCAGCGACACCUCCCUAUCACUGGUCUCGUACCGCUCCCGCGCCUCCUGGGCGGUCAGCACGUAGCCCGUCGCGCGCCGGACCGCCGUCGCCGCGCGACCCCAGUGCACGUCCGCGAACUUGUGGCGCUGCGCCGCGACCUCGGUGCGCAGCACGGCCUCGGCCUCGUCGGACCACGCUGUCGAAGCCUCGGGGGGGCGGGCGCUCUCGUCAGGCGUCGCGAGCCCCGGUGGCGGCGGGGGGCUGCAGAGCCAGUCGUCGCCGAGGUCCUUGGUCAUCUGGUCCUCAAUACCAUUACAUGCCAGCCGCGUGGCGACGGCAGCGGCAGCCGUAGCCAUGAGUUAUCUUCGUCGGAGUGCUUCUUGCGUCCACUCGUGCGAUUCGCGAGCAGUGGUGCCGGGCAGGGGCAGCCUUUUUUUGGUCUUUUUACCACCCAGCUGCUCGUCCCUCGCAAGGAUUGUGGCGCGAGAAGGAAGCUAUCCGAGCUUCCUGCUGAGCGACGAUAGGGCCACGCUGGGUCCUCUUUAGGAGCCGGACGCUGCGCAAUGAGCUAGCGGCCGGUAAGACACUAGAAAAUGCGAAGGGUCACGUGCGGGAAUCAGCCGCCGGUGCA